AACAGCUGAAAUGCACCGCUUUCUUCUCCAAAUCUCAUCACACACACAUUGACACACACUACUAUACAUACACAUAUACAUACACGAAUCAGGUUUCGGGAAAAAAUGGAAGGAUUUGACGAAGAUGUCUACGUCGGACGAAACGACGCCGGGGACGAGAACGCCAUGCACUACGGCUACGACGGCGGCGCACCACCGCCGCCGCCGCCGAUGGACGGAUUAUCCCGAAACGACGGCAUGCAGGGAUACGACUUCGGCGGCGGCGGCGCACCACCAACACCGCCGCCGAUCGAGGGAUACGGGCAGGGGAAGCCGUACGACCUCUCGGCGGACAGCGAGGGCAUCUUCGCGGCGGCGGACGGCGGCGGGCCGCUGCUGCCGGAUCCCAGCGAGAUGCGCGAGCAGGGAUCCGCGUUUCGCGAGUGGCGCCGUCAAAAUAUGAUUUAUCUGGAAGAGAAGGAGAAGAAGGAAAAGGAGUUGAGGAAUCAAAUCAUCGCUGAAGCUGAUGAAUGGAAGCGCAAAUUCUACGAGAAGAGGAAUCAGAACUGCGAGACGAACAAGACUCACAAUCGAGAGAGAGAGAAAAUUUACUAUGCACAACAAGAGAAAUUUCACAAGGAGGCAGACAACCAGUUUUGGAAAGCGAUCGCGGAGAUCAUACCCCGCGAAGUCCCCAAUCUCGAGAAGAGGCGGGGAAAGAAAGAUGACGAGAAGAAACCCGCAGUCUUCGUAGUCCAGGGGCCGAAGCCCGGGAAGCCGACUGACAUGGCGAGGAUGCGUCAGAUCCUCGCCAAGCUCAAGACGAACCCUCCGCUUCACAUGAGGCCGCCUCCCCCGAAGGAGGAGGGGAAGGAUGGAAAGCCGGAGGCGAAGAAGAACAAUGAGAAUGAAAAGAAGGACGGUGCAGCAGGGGAAACACAACAGUCUGUUUCCUCUGCUGCCAAAGAUGCAGCUGCAGAUGGAGCGUCUAAAACGGACGGGUCAUCUGCUGCUGGAGGCAAAGAGAAUGCAGAGAAGAAGUGAUUGAUUAAUUGAUUGAUUGUUUUUUUAUUUAUGUGAGUGACAUUUAUUUAUGAAUUUUUUAGUAUUGUUACAAGGAAUAAGAGUAGUUUCUUCUUAAACUUAGUGCUUGC